CUGCUCCACAGCGACUGUAAAUGAAAGAAGUAGAGCGCCACUCACCCAAGCAAAUAUGGUGAAUGACAAGAGCACUCUGGGCCAGCUGAAGGACCUGGUGGAGCUGAAGGAUCAGCUAGAGGACAUCCAGAAACGUAUGGAAGAUGAGAUCCAGGCUGGGGUUCCUGCUGGGGGCAGUCUACUGGCUUCUCCCUUCCUGAAGGGUUUCCUGGCCGGCUAUGUGGUGGCCAGGUUCCGCUCGUCUGCGCUGCUGGGCGCAAUCGUGGGGACGUGCACGGGCGUCUACGCGGCACAGAACUAUAAGAUUCCCAAUGUGGAGAACACAGUUAAGGACUACAUCAGCAGUCUGAAAGGAGGACGCUGAUGAGAGAUAAUGUUACGGUUGUCUGCUAUUUCUUCUUGUGUGUGUGUUCUGCCUCCUGUCGUCAACAAUAGCAACCCUUAUUAGGAUGCACUAUUGUGGGACGGUAUCAAACUUUAUUGGUCUGGCAAUUGCUUGUUUAAUUAUUCAGGUAUGUGUGUGUUUACAAGUGUACGUUCUAGGUCAACUUUUUGAAGAAACACUUGUGUAGUCAUUUUUGUGUCUGUAAAAAUGGCCUUAAAAUGUGUAUACGAAUUAUGAGUGUUUACAUUAUGUAAUCUGACACUGCCAAAGUUAAAAAUGUUGCUGAAAAAAAAUGCACAAAAGUAUAAUUAUAAGUGCCUUCUCUGGUGUGCUGUGCAAUAGCCUUCCUUUGUGGGAUUUGUUUUCUCAUUUUAAUAUGCUGGAAUCGUCAAAUACUGCACUCUUUCUUUGCCAUUUUGACUGGAGAGUGCCGUAGAAAUGUUAGUGACUAGACCUCAGAAUUAUUCUGUUGCUGCUUUUUUAUUUUGCAGGCUCGCAUUCACAUAUAGAAAUAUUUCUAUAGUUUUGUGAAUUACCCUCUGGAUCAAUAUAUCUAAAUAUUUUUUUGUAGAAAAUGGUAAGCGGGUUGACUGCACUGUAUCUCACUCUAUUAAUAGUCAAUUAAACGGGUAGUAUC